UCCCCGCCCCUCUUUGUGAUGCGCGGGGCAUGCACGACAGCGACGUGGUGCCGCGCGUGCGCCCAUCCGGUUCCCGAACGGAGCCCCGCGUGGCGUGGAUUCGCGCUCGCGUCAGAGUAACGGCAGCGCGCGGUGCUCCUCGCUUCGCUGCUCGCCUUUCCCCUCUCCUUUCUCCCCGACUCGGCCAGACGGCCGCUCGCCUCGCUGAAGCGGAACUGCCUCGCUCUCCCUCCCCCCUCUCGCCAAUCCUUUCCUUCCCACCCAUCGCGGCUAGGCUCGGCUCGGCUCCGCUCCGGAUUUUCUCGAGGCUGAAACUUUAGUGCUCUGCUCCAGCCAUGGGUAGCAGGAGUAGAUAUGACAUCAAUGCGUGGAGAUGUGGGACUCACUCAACGCCAAGUAAAUCGAUGUAUCUAGAUGCUCAACAUGUUGUCCACUGCCAAGCUACAGACCGUGGUGUUGGCCCCUGCGCUGUGAAGCAUCACUUCCCAUCACCAAUCGUAUCUUGGAUAGAAGAUCUUUCGAGCUUUGGCAAUGUUUCUUUUAGCCCUGAUUCUGAAUAUGUGGAUGAGCAAGCCAGGGCUUCAGUGGGACAGUCUUCAACAUCAAGCAAUUUGCAUGACAUGCAAAUAUCAGUGAGGUUGACAGAAGAAUUCAUGGAGCUUGCAAAGGAGAACAUAAGCAAUAAUCUAGAGACUUGUGGAAUCCUCGGUGCUUCUUUUAGGGAUGGAACUUACUUUGUGACAAUGUUGAUUAUACCAAAGCAAGAAGGAACUGCUCACUCAUGUCAGGCUGUUAAUGAGGAGGAGAUUCAUGCCGUAUUAUCAGAACAGUCACUUUACCCUGCAGGAUGGAUUCAUACUCAUCCUUCGCAAACAUGCUUCCUGUCAUCAAUUGAUUUGCAUACUCAAUACUCUUACCAGGUUAUGUUACCAGAGGCUGUUGCAAUUGUGGUUGCACCUAAGGAUCCUACCAGGAGUUACGGAAUAUUUAGGCUGACUGAUCCUGGAGGUAUGGAGGUGCUUAGGGGUUGCGAUGAAAGUGGGUUCCACACUCACCGAGAGACAACCGACGGCAGUCCAAUCUAUGAAACCUGUUCGAAAGUGCGCUUCAAUCCCAAUUUGCGGUUCGAGAUUGUUGAUCUGCGUUCUGGUGCAUGAUCAAUGAAAGCAAAGCUAUAGCAGCUUGUUCUUCCUUUGGCAGAAGUAUAUACCAUAUAGCUUUUAAGUGAUUCCUGUUAGGUAGAUAAACAAGCUGUUAAUGAGCUGGAACUGGGAUGCCCAAAUCAUAUGACUGAUCUGUGAUAUGUCACCAAGCCUUUUUGCAUCUUUGCUGGUAUUCGUGAGCGUGACUAAGAAACUAGCACCGGUUAUCCUGAAUCUGGCUGUUCAAUCAGCCUUUGAGUUGCGUCUGUAAGUAUUUAACUUGGGAAAACAUACACGUGAUUAUCUUGGGUUGGGCUGAUGUGUGCUUGGAGCAUAACGCUUAACAGCAGCACUGCCAAAUCAUCAGAUACAGAAUCUUCUGGGAGUUUCAGACAUUGCCUAAAUUAACAUCAGAACUGUUAGAGGUGAAAUUGUAUGUAUUGGGGAUUUAGAGUCUGUAACAAUGGUAAGUUUUGGUUGUUAAA